ACUAUGAAUGAAUAUUGAGAACUUUCACCAGUAAAUGAGAUUCUCUAACAAAGGUACUUAAUAGUUCCUCUUUAUAUGCUAACCUAGGAUGGUCUUAGAAAAGAAUGCUAGCCUAGGAUACAGGUUUGAAAUAUUAAGAAAGCAAAGCUUAAUGGCUACUGUGUUAGACCAGCUUUCUAAUACUUUCUAGUAAUUUACAUGAAAAUUUCUUUCUACUCCUGGGACCUCAAUGAUUUUUUUUGUUUGGCCAAAAACAAAGUUGUAAAUUUGUUGAUUGAAAUCCGCCAUGACAAUCCAUCUUCCUUUGGUGGCCAAAUUUGGAUGUUUGUGACCUCAUUUCCAAUACCAGCACAGCGGUUGCUGUUGGACCUGACAGGGACCCAACAAAAACAAAUAAAAGCACUAUUCUUAACACACAAGUAAAAAACCUACAUUAGGAGAGGUAGUAACAAAUAAUAAUUUGUGAACUACAGUAGUUAAGGGUUAAAGACCAAAAUAAUGUCUGAUGAAAAAGUUUUAAAGACAUAUAUUGCACAAUCCCAAACAGCUGUUCUGACAAAGAAUAUCUAUCAUUAUUCCUUUGGUUUCCGUUUUCCCUUAUCCCUCCUUAAGCUUUGUUAACAUCCAUACAACAACGAAAAAGAGAUUACAGCACCUUUCUAUCUAUAUCUCUCUCUCCAAUCUCCACCGAAAAAGAAAAAGAUUAUAGUAUUAUAGAGAGAAUUCAAGAUACUAUAUACUACUGCAUCAUAUCAAAUCUAGCUUCCUAGCUAGUCUUCAAGGUAAUCAAUCAUCAUUCACUGCUAUGGAAACACACCAUCAUCAGCAGCACCAAAAACAAAUUGAAGCAAGGCAAGAAGAUAAAGAAGCAAAGCAAAUACUGUUACCAAAACCUUCUUCACCACCACCUUCACAAUCUUCCUCCCCUUCUCAUGAAUUCUCCUUCACAAUCUCUCUCCAUUCUUCUUCCACCAACAAAGUUCCACCACCUUCCCUUGCAAUAGAUUUAUCUCCUGCUGACGAAAUUUUCUUCCAUGGCCACUUGCUUCCCCUCCACCUCCUAUCUCACCUCCCUUCAUCACCUCGAUUCUCCACCACUUCCAUGGAAAGCCUCACUGUCCCCGUCCCCAUCCGCGACUUCUUAUUGGAAGAUAAUGAAAAUACCAAUAAUAAAGAAAUUAGUAGAAGCAGCUGCGGACACAGCAAUAGGAGCAACAUAACCCUGGAUGAAAGAAUUGGCAACAACUUCAUAGAAGAAGACAAUAAUCUUAUUAAGAGAGGGACAAUGGAAGAAGAAAGUAAGUCCAAUAAUAAUAAUAAUAAUAAACAUAGUAGUUUCUCAUUGUUUGGAUUAUCAAAAGGGCGCAAAGUGUGUCAAGUUAGCAACAAGGAAGAAUUAGAUAAAGAGAAGCAACAGAAGAGGAAGCUUGGUUUUGACGUGAUCCAUGCACUCAAGAGGCUUUUCAGGGGGAGAAGAGAAAGAGAGAAAGUUGGUUUGCAUGAGAGUGCUUAUUCUUCUCACUCAGGGAACUUGAUGAGGAAGAAAAAACCAGAAUUGAGAGGAAUUAGAAGAGGUGAAUGUUCAUCAGCACCAGCUUCCAUGAGGGCUUCUCCAACAAACAGUGGCCUCUUGCUUGCAACUGCAACAACUCUUCCUACUUCAGCCGCCAAUGACAGCACCAUGGAAGAGUUGCAAGCAGCCAUUCAAGCUGCCAUUGCUCACUGCAAAAAUUCUAUUGCCAAAGAAGACAACAACCUCAUCAAAUGCACCUCAUAGCACAUAGCACAUAGUAGCAUAUCAUUAUUUAUUUUCCCUAGUUCUUCUACUUACUACUGUAAUUAUUAUCUCGUAUUUGCUAUCUGUAUAUUAAUAAUUAGGUAUAUGAAAAUCUAUUAUUAUCCGAGGCACAAAACAAAGUUACAUAUAUUCGUGUCUUUCAGUGUAAACAUAAAUUCAUAAAUUCUAAUUAUUUAUAUAUUUUAUAUAGAGAUGUAAAC